UCGCAAGGUGCACGGGUUCCGGCGACGUGUUCGGUGGAGUGCGCGCGUUCAAAGCCGGAGUGAGCGCCAUGGUGGAGAAGGAAGAAGCGGUGAUCAGUGAGGAGGAGGCCGCUCAGUAUGACCGCCAGAUCCGCCUCUGGGGCCUCGACGCCCAGAAACGGUUACGUGGCUCCCGAGUGCUGUUAGUGGGAAUGAAGGGACUGGGAGCUGAAGUGGCGAAAAACCUUAUUCUGGCUGGUGUCAAGGCACUGACUCUACUGGACCAUCAGCAGGCAACACCAGAGGAUUCGAGAUCUCAGUUCCUCAUUCCUACCAGCUCUUUGGGGAAAAAUCGAGCAGAGGCAUCUCUGGAGCGUGCACAGAACCUGAACCCCAUGGUGGAAGUGAAAGUCGAUACUGAGAACAUUUCAAACAAGUCACAGGAGUUCCUCGCCCAAUUUGAUGCAAUCUGCCUGACUUGUUGCCCACGGGAUGUGAUGGUUCGAAUCGAUCAGUUCUGCCGAUCGCACGGCAUUAAAUUCUUUGCUGGUGAUGUCUUUGGUUACCACGGUUACAUGUUUUCUGAUUUGGGAGAGCACACGUUUGUGGAGGAAAAGCAGAAGGUGGUGAAAGUUGGAUCAGGUGAGGAAGAUGGACCAAAAGCUAAAAAAGUGAAGAUUGAUCCAAACGAAACUACGUUGAUCAAAAAGACAGUGCAUUUUUGCCACCUUAAGGAGGCACUGGAAGUAGAUUGGAGCAGCGAAAAGGCAAAGACGUGUCUGAAACGCACCCCAAGUGAUUAUUUUCUUCUGCAAGUUCUGUUGAAAUUCCGAAGUGCCAAGGCUCGAGAUCCAUUGCCGGAGAACUAUGACGAAGAUUCAGAACUACUGCUGCAGUUGAGGAGCAAGGUGUUGGAUUCUUUGGGGGUGAAGAGUGACCUGCUUACAGAUGAGUUUGUCAGCUCAUGUUUUUCAGAGUUAGCACCAGUGUGUGCAGUUGUGGGUGGAGUGCUCAGUCAGGAAAUUGUGAAGGCCUUGUCGCAACGAGAUCUUCCGCACAAUAACUUCUUCUUCUUUGAUGGAUUGAAAAGUAAUGGAAUUGUCGACUGCAUUGGACCUAAAUGAGGAAAGUCUUCAUAAGAUCAGCAAUGGUUAUAGAGUCUUGAAGGUGCACCGACCCAGCCACCUCUGCAGCCUUUAGCAGAAAGAUCCUCGUUGAGCACCAAGACAUUUUUUUUUUAAAAACCUGGACAAAGUUACUUAGAUAAUGCAAGAUUUUUUAUAUGAAACUGGAGGAAUUGAAAUUGACAACUGAAGAAGUCGCUGUUGGAAGCCUCCACAUUGCAAAUAAAUGCAGUUAAAGCCACUGUCAAAA